CAAUAAUCUACAAAUUCUUGCAGAGGAACAGAGCGCUGUCCAUCCCUAUGCGAAUCACACUUCACGUCGUGGACUAGUCCGAACCGGUGAUCAGGACGAGAUGCUGCUUCCUAAACCACUCCAGAUGAUUAUGCCAAAACCGGUGGCUGUAUUUAAAUGAGAACUAAGGGUGUGAAUGUUGAGAAAGGACAACAUGGGGAAAGGAGUGGCACUGUUCAUUUUACUGUUGGCAGUUCUACAUGAGGCCAGAGGCCAGAGAAGAAGAAAAGGAAAGUACAGUGUCCUCAGAGAUGGAGGAAAUGACAUGGCAACAUGUUCCAUGGAGGUGGCCUUCAUUCUGGACAGCUCAGAGGGCGCCAAGACCUUCCUGUUCGAGAAGCAGAAGUCCUUUGUUCUGCAUUUCAGCACUCGUCUCACCAUGCUCCAGGUGUCUGGAUGGACCCUGAGGCUGAGGAUGGCUGCUCUGCAGUACAGCAGCUCCGUGUCUGUAGAGCACAGCUUUACUGCCUGGCAGGACCUGGAUGUGUUCCACAGCAGAGUCAGCUCCAUGGCCUACAUUGGCCACGGCACCUACUCCACCUACGCCAUCACCAACGCCACGCAGCUCUUCACCCAGGAGACCAAGGAGGACAGCGUCAGGGUGGCGGUGCUCAUGACUGACGGUGCUGAUCAUCCGAGGAACCCUGAUGUGAUCGGAGCAGCGGCAGAGGCUAAGGGUAGUGGUGUGAAGCUCUUUGCUGUAGGGUUGUCAGACCUAGCCCGCCAGAACAGUGCCAAGCUCCGGGCUAUCGCCAGCACGCCGGCCCAGCAGUUCGUCCACAGUCUCACUGACCCCCAGCUAGAGGAGAAGUUACUGAAAUGGUUGGGUGCAGUAGCGCUUGAGGUGGCUAAAGUGUGUUUGUGUGAAAGAGGGGAGAGAGGCCCUCCUGGAAACCCAGGUAAAAAAGGAGAUCCAGGAUAUGAAGGACCAUCUGGUCCAAAAGGAUCAAGGGGAGAACCUGGAGUCAGUGGCCGACCAGGAAGUGAAGGUCUUGAGGGCAGUCCUGGUUAUAAAGGUGACAAGGGGGAGAUAGGAGACUGUGGCACUCCUGGGGAAAAAGGAGAUGAAGGCCCUGGAGGACCUCCUGGCCCACGGGGACCCAGAGGAGACCAGGGUGUUAACGGACCACCCGGGGACCAGGGUCCGGAGGGCCAAACAGGACCUAAAGGGGACCAAGGACCCACCGGUGCAUCUGGACCAGCAGGUGAAAUUGGCAUUGGGUUCCCAGGUCCAAAGGGGGCCAAAGGAAUUCAGGGAAGACCAGGACCCCUUGGUCCCAUUGGAAUAGGAGAGCCAGGACAGCCAGGACCCCCAGGACUUGCUGGAGCACAGGGUAACCAGGGAGCUGUUGGGGAGGGGGCUCCCUGGCCCAAAGGUGGGCAAAUAUUUGAGUGUCUGAGUAUUAUCCUGUUUCAUGGGGAUCGAGGCUACGAGGGCCCCAGAGGUGAGCGUGGUCUCACAGGUGUUGGGGUCAAAGGUGAUAAGGGAAAUCCUGGACAGCUUGGAUCACAAGGACCGUUGGGAAUGCCAGGGGCAGGGAUUCAAGGAGAAAAGGGGAACCAAGGGCCAGUUGGCCCUCCAGGCCCCAGAGGGAAUCCAGGUGUGGGACUUAUGGGCGAAAAGGGAAGCCAAGGCUUCUCAGGUGAGCCUGGAAUCCCAGGGGAGAGAGGUGUUGGGGAGCCAGGACCUAAAGGAGACCCAGGAUCGGAGGGGUUACCUGGUAUUCCGGGCCUCUCUGGAGAGGAUGGAGCCAUAGGACAGAAGGGUGACAUUGGUUCACAGGGGCCCAGGGGACCUGAUGGGGCACCUGGAAAAAGGUGUCCCUGGAGAAAAGCUCAGGGGGACCGAGGGGAGCGGGGCUCCAGAGGCCAGCUAGGAGCAGUAGGGCCUGUGGGGACAAUGGGGGCCAAGGGUGAACCAGGAAGUCCUGGACGAGCAGGUACAAAUGGACCACCUGGGCGGGGUUUACCCGGUAUCAAGGGGGAUCCUGGUGCAGUAGGCCCACCCGGACAUGUCGGUGAACCAGGAAUAGGGAUCACUGGACCUAAGGGUGAGAGAGGGCUACCAGGGUCCAUUGGUCCACCUGGGCUUGAAGGGGAAGGCCUUCCUGGAACUCCAGGACCCCCUGGGAUACCAGGACUGGCAGGCGAGAUUGGACCAGAAGGAAAAGGUUUACCUGGUCCUAAGGGAGACCGGGGAACUCCAGGCCCCACAGGACCAGCUGGAGCACCAGGAGUCGGGCUAAUGGGUCCCAAGGGGUCUGCUGGUCAGAUUGGAGCACCGGGUCCCCAGGGACUGCCUGGAGAGGGCAUUCAAGGACCAAAGGGGGAGUCAGGAUUCCAGGGGAUCACGGGCCCCAGGGGGCCCCCAGGACAGGGUAUUCAAGGGAAUAAGGGAGACAGGGGGUUUGUGGGUGAACGAGGCAGAAAGGGGGACAAGGGAGAGACUGGAGAGACAGGAGCGGCUGGACCUUUGGGCAGACUGGGAGAAAAAGGGGAACCUGGCCUAACAAGAGAGGAGGUCAUCAAACUGGUCAGAUCUAUAUGUGGUUGUGGGGUGAAGUGCCGUGAGAGCCCACUGGAGUUGGUCUUUGUGAUUGACAGCUCAGAGAGCGUGGGCCCCGACAACUUCAACGUGGUCAAGGACUUUGUGAACGCUCUGGUCGACCGCGCCUCCGUGAGCCGAGAGACCACUCGCGUCGGGGUGGUUCUCUACAGCCAUAUCAACAUGGUGGUGGUCAGUCUGCACCAGCAGGCCAGCCGGGACCAGGGCGGUCGCACUAUGACCUACCUGGGCGAGGGCACCUUCACGGGCAGCGCCAUCCAUCAGGCCAACCAGGUGUUCAGGGCGGCCAGGCCCGGGGUGAGGAAAGUGGCCAUAGUGAUCACAGAUGGACAGGCGGACGAGAGGGACUCUGUGAGGCUGGAGGAGGCGGUGAAAGAGGCCAAUGGCAGUAACAUUGAGAUGUUUGUCAUCGGGGUGGUGAACCAGAGUGAUCCGCUGUACGAGGAGUUUAAGAAAGAGCUCCACCUCAUGGCCUCUGACCCAGACAGGGAACACGUCUACCUGAUUGAUGACUUCAGGACACUUCCUGCCCUUGAGAGCAAGCUGCUGAGUCGGAUCUGUGAGAGUAAUGGCGGGGCCCAGUUCAGCUCCAUCCCCAGCUCCAGAUACUCCCCCGGAACCCCUGGACAAGCCGGGAUUGUAAGGGAAACCCCAGAGAGGACUGAUACUGACACACCCACUUUCAAUGGAGACUUCAAGAAAACACAGAUGGUGCCAGGUCCACCAGGAGAGUCAGACAGAGUCUUUAUCCCACAGGGCCCCCAGACAGGGGACCAAGAUAUCUCAGAGACCUACAGGGUCCCAUCCUUUGACAGGGAACCCUUCAAGCGCCUACCAGAGUUCGUUCUUCCGUCAGAGGUAAAGAAUCCCACCCACAGUGUGGUCAUGACGGGCACCCAGGCCCCCACCCAGAGGCCCCUUCCCGUAGUAAAGCUACCCAGGCUCCCCCCAACCUCUCUACCUCUGCCCCAGGAUGCUUUAAUACCAGAUGAGAGAUGUGGACAGAUUCUGGACCCCGGGCCUUGCAGGGAUUACGUUGUGAAGUGGUACUAUGACACUACGGCGAAUGCCUGUGCCCAGUUCUGGUUCGGAGGCUGUCAGGGGAACCAAAACCAGUUUGAGUCGGAGAAGAGCUGUAAAAAAACCUGUGUGAAGGUCUAACAUACACACGUUUGUUGACUCGUUUUGAACGCUUACAAAUCGAUUGUAUUGAUAAGACAGAUGAUGUAUUUGGGUCAAAGGUGGGUCAAUUUCAAUAUCAGUGCCUUACCUCUUCACCAGUACUUUGACAUGGGGAUAGAAAACUUGUCGAAGAGAGUACUAGGUGAUGUUGAGACCAAAUGUUCAAUCACAAUUAUUUUGGAUUCGUAUUCCCUUGUCUUGGAACUGUUGGUGGUAACAUCGCACCAAUUCAAUUUAAUUCAAUUCAACUUAAUUUAUCCCCUCAGGGGCAAUAAGCAAUUUACAUAACUC